AUGUUGUCUCGCGUUUCAGUUUUCAAGCCAGUCGGCAGAGCGUUUUCUGUUCUAUCAUCCUUAAGGAUAACAGAACACACGCCAGCAAAGAAGACCGAAAAACCAGAGCAUGUUCCCAGGUGUGAAAAUUUAUCGGAUGCCCAAACUGCGUUCUUGGAUCGCGUCAUUCGUGUAGAUCAGGCUGGUGAAUUGGGUGCAGACUAUAUCUACGCUGGCCAGUACUUCGUGUUGGCUCAUAGGUACCCUCAUUUGAAACCUGUGCUAAAGCACAUGUGGGAUCAAGAGGUACAUCAUCAUAACACCUUCAACAACUUACAGUUGAAAAGGAGAGUGAGGCCCUCCUUACUGACGCCAUUAUGGAAAGUCGGAGCCUUUGCAAUGGGGGCUGGUACCGCAUUGAUUUCUCCAGAAGCCGCCAUGGCUUGUACUGAAGCUGUCGAAACGGUCAUUGGGCGUCAUUACAAUGGCCAAUUGCGAAACCUUGCCAACCAGUUCGAUUUGAAAAGAACCGAUGGCACGAGAGGCCCUAGUGAGGAGAUCAAAUCCUUAACAUCUACCAUCAGGAAUUUCAGAGAUGAUGAGCUAGAACAUUUGGACACUGCUAUCAAGCACGAUUCCUACAUGGCAGUUCCAUAUACAGUGAUCACUGAGGGUAUCAAGACGGUUUGUAGAGUUGCCAUCUGGAGUGCCGAGAGAAUUUAA